AUGUGUAGUUUGUACAAUUUAUAUAAUUCUGUGGAUGAUCCCAUGUGUUUGGUUCAGAGUCCUGACCAGUUGCAGUACGACUUUCAACCUAUUCUAGCUGCACAAGCCAGACAGGCCUUUCAAGUAGCCCAACAAAAAAAGUAUGUCAGUGAACCACAACACUAUCAAACAGAACAAUAUCAAACACAGCCUCAACAAUACGUAGUGGAGAAACCGCAAGUCCGAUACGUAACAAACCAAGUUCCUGUAAAACAAAGACCACAGCAACUAAAACAGAGAGAAGAAGAGGAUUAUGAUCCCAAUCCCUCCUACCAAUUCGGGUUCGAUGUGAAGGAUGAGUUGCACACCAACUAUCAGAAUAGAAAGGAACAAAGAGAAGGAAACAAAAUUACAGGAAGUUAUUCAGUAGUCGACUCCGAUGGAUUCAUUCGAACUGUUUCAUACACGGCUGAUCCCAAAGAGGGAUUCAAAGCUGAGGUUUAUAUUAUUGUUACAAACAAUCUACUAGGUAAUAAGUGA